AAAAAAAUCUUCAUACUUUACAAAGAAUAUGACUUCACCUUUACCAGUGAACGCAAAGCAAGGUUAUAGAGAGGGGAGUUCAUAUUUGAAUGAAGCUUCUUACCUGUCCAGCUCAUUUGAUCGAGCUAAUUCAACUGCGCGAUUAGGCUCUUCUCCAGGAAAUUAUGGUUCUUCUCCUAAAAGUGUAUUAUCUCACCAUACAUAUGGCUCUACUGACCUAGAGAACGUAUUAACAACAAACAGCGGCAGCCUAUUUCGUCCUCUUUCCACAGCUACUUUUAACCCAGAAGAUAAUACUGUCAGUGUUGACCUCUCCGAUGACCAAGUUGCCAAAGUAGUUAAACGUCAUUUAGUAGACACUUCACCUUCUUCGUCAUUACAUGCUUCUUCAUUGCACCGUAGUGUGACCAACGACGACGAUCAAGGUAGUACGUUCCGCAGUGUUCACCACCUACCAGGUGGUGCUAUCACUCACGAUAUAUAUAAAUGGGCAGACGAUAUAGAAAAUGAACAGAUUGCUAGACGCCAGCGCUCCCAGUCAUUUUAUGUUCCCCGCAGUGAACCGUUAGAUCCCGCUUUGGCUAGAUUGAAAGAUCCAGGAGGAUUUAGACGUCAUUUUGUUGUUGACAAAGCUGCAAGACUGGGCAGAAAACCACCUCAUUGGAUGACACGUACAUUUGUUGACUUCUUGGCCUUGUAUGGCCAUUUUGGUGGUGAGGAUUUGAGCGAUGAUGAAGAUGAAGAGGAUGAGGUGGAGGAUGAAGAGACCGGCGGUUUAAGAAGAAGAAGAAGAAGAUCGGAUGAUGACGAUGAUAAUGAGGAGUCGCCCCUGAUUCGUAGAGCUCAAGCAAAUGCAGUGCAAGGAACUGCUACUCCAGCAAAGGCCGUCUUCUUGUUACUAAAGUCGUUUGUUGGAACAGGUGUCAUGUUUUUGCCUAAAGCUUUUCAUAACGGUGGUCUUUUAUUCUCGACUACUGUAUUAUCAAGUAUUGCACUUGUUUCUUUAUAUACAUUUUUACUUUUGGUCGAAACUAGAAAUAAGAUUCCUGUUUCUUUUGGUGAUAUUGGCGGUAUCUUGUUUGGUAAAAAGAUGCGUUAUGCGGUAUUAUUGGCCAUCACAUUUUCACAGAUGGGAUUUGUAUGUGCAUAUAUGGUAUUUGUCGCUCAAAAUGUGCAGGCUUUGAUUGAAUCCGUAUCACAAUGCGACAUCCGAGUACCGCUGUCUUACCUUAUUCUCGGCCAAAUUGCUAUUUUUGUCCCACUGGCAAUGAUUCGUAAGAUUCAAAAAUUAUCGGCAUUUGCCUUAGUGGCAGAUUUAUUCAUCUUGAUCGGUUUGGUCUAUCUGUACUAUUACGAUUUCUUUGUUUUAUCAACACAAGGUGUCGCAGAUGUAGAAUGGGUGAUCAAUGAUAAAUCAUUCCCCAUGUUUAUCGGAACCGCUGUGUUUACUUAUGAAGGAGUUGGUUUAGUUAUCCCUAUUACGGAAUCCAUGAAAGAGCCUGAAAAGUUCCCCAAAGUAUUAUCAGGCACCAUGAUUUUUAUUACAUCUAUAUUUUUAUCGGUUGGAUUUAUUUCCUAUCUUGCUUUUGGUAGUGAUGUUCAAACAGUAAUUUUAUUGAACAUGCCCGGUACUGCCGUAGUCAAUACCGUUCAGGGAUUAUAUGCGCUUGCUAUCUGUCUGUCGAUCCCCUUGCAAUUAUUCCCUGCUAUUCGUAUUGUGGAGAAUGGAUUAUUUACUCGAUCUGGAAAGCAUAAUACGAUGGUUAAAUGGCAAAAAAACGUCUUCCGUUUUUGUUCUGUAUUGAUUUGUGCUUGCAUUGCUAUUGCAGGUUCUGGUGAUUUAGACAAAUUUGUAUCGCUUGUCGGCUCGCUUUGUUGUGUUCCUCUGUGUUUCUUCUUCCCUCCCUUGUUUCACUUGAAAGCAAUUGCUAAAUCCUGGCGUCAAAAGGCGAUUGAUAUUACAAUCAUUAUAUUUGGCCUUGUAUCCAUGACAUAUACCACAGGUAUUACAGUUGCUCUAUGGUCUGAGGGUGGUGAGGCCGCGCCUAUUUCUAGAUGUCCUAUUUAAUGGAUGACGUUUAUUUUUUUUCUCUUUCCUUCUGCUUCUUUUAUUAUUUAAAGCGCAGCUCCCUUUCAUUGGGGAAAAAAAAAUAUCAUGAAAAUUAUUAUUAAAGCUCU